AUGCAGACAAAAAACAUAUUAGCAGUAUCGCUAGCUGCGCUGCUAGCAAUGGAUGAGGCUGGCGCUGCCUUCUAUGUUCCAGGUGUAGCACCCGAGUCUUGGGCUGCAGGCGAGACAGUCCACCUGAAUGUCAACAAGAUUACAUCUACGAAAACGUUGAUGCCAUAUGAAUACUACUAUCUCCCGUAUUGUAAACCGGCGGCUAUUAAUGAGCAACAAGAGAAUUUAGGUGAAAUUAUGGCUGGCGAUACUAUUAUGGACUCGCUUUACAAUUUGCAGAUGGAGAAAGACGCGAUUUGUCAAGUGUUGUGUAAGCCCAUGAAGUACACGCCCGAGCAGUCAAAGUUAUUUAUUGACAUGAUUAAGGACGAGUACUACGUGCAGUGGAUAGUUGAUAAUUUGCCGGUUUUGUACCGCGAUCCGACCGACUCGCAGCAAGCGGGAUCUUUCAAGCGUGGAUUUCCCGUAGGAGAAGUGGACGAAGAUGGAAAGUACCUUCUUUACAAUCACGUGCGCAUUAUCAUCUCAGUUAAUCCAGAUCCUUACGCAAAAGAGGAUGGAGACGUUCCCAAGUGGCGCAUCGUAGGCUUCGAAGCUGUACCUACUUCUAUUCAGCACACUUUUGAAAAUGAACCCAUGGCAGGACAAGAACUCGACUCAGCCACAUGUGGUAAAUUUAUCAAUAUCGAAGAGGUUUCUCAGGGCAAUUAUCAAUAUCUAAACCCCGCAGGAGAAACUACUGUCUUAUACACAUACGACGUGCAGUUUAUCAAGUCGGAUAUUGUGUGGGAGGAACGUUGGGAUCGCAUUAUUAGCAGCAAGAGCUCGAACGAUCAGAUUCAUUGGUUCUCCAUUAUUAAUUCGCUGAUGAUUGUUCUCUUUUUAACGGGAAUGAUCGCAAUGAUCAUGUUGCGUACUCUUCACCGUGAUAUCGCUCGCUACAAUGAGGUGCAGACGACCGAAGAAGCUCAGGAGGAAUCGGGAUGGAAACUGGUCCAUGGUGAUGUGUUCCGUCCGCCGCAACUGUCGCCUAUGCUUUUUUCGGUCGUUGUAGGCACAGGUGUUCAGGUGUGUUGCAUGAGCUGGUCAACGAUGGUUAUUGCACUCCUAGGUCUGCUAUCACCGGCUAAUCGUGGUUCAUUGCUAACGACACUGCUGUUGCUAUUUGUAUUUAUGGGUAGCUUUGCUGGCUACAGCUCGUCUCGGACGUAUAAGAUGUUCAAUGGCAAGGACUGGAAGAAAAAUACGAUUCUUACGGCUGUGUUGUACCCUGGCCUUCUCUUUGGUGUCUUCUUUCUGCUCAAUCUUGUACUUUGGGGCAAGGAGUCUUCGCAGGCUGUGCCAUUUGGAACGCUUUUUGCUCUCCUUGUCUUGUGGUUUGGAAUUUCUGUCCCACUCGUAUUUCUUGGCAGUUAUUUUGGCUUCAAGGCAGCUGCUAUUGAGCAACCUGUGCGCACCAAUCAAAUUGCGCGUCAAAUUCCAGAACAAGUGUGGUACUUGUCUUCGCCUUUCAGCAUUCUUGUGGGUGGCAUUUUGCCAUUUGGCGCCGUUUUCAUUGAGUUGUUUUUCAUCAUGUCGGCAUUAUGGUUGCACCAGAUUUAUUACGUCUUUGGUUUUCUGUUUAUUGUUUUGCUCAUUCUUGUAGCAACGUGCGCAGAAGUGACGGUGGUGAUGUGCUACUUCCAGCUUUGUGCAGAGGAUUACCGCUGGUGGUGGCGUUCGUUUCUUACAUCAGGAUCCGCGGCUGUGUAUUUGUUCUUGUACUCGUUCCUGUACUUCUUUACCAAGUUGAACAUCACAGCGUUUGUUUCGGGUGUCCUGUACUUUGGCUACAUGUUCCUGAUCUCGGUCACCUUUUUCUUUUUGACCGGAACAAUCGGAUACCUCGCUUGUCUUUGGUUUACACGCAAGAUCUACGGCUCCAUUAAAAUUGACUAA